AUGAGCUCCAUGUUUAAGAAGAAAGGCGGCCUCGCCUUCAAGCCCAAGGCACCGGUCGCACGACCAAGAACAGGCUCAUCGGCACCAGCUACGAAAACUGCACCAUCACCACCACCACCACCCCCUCCUCCUCCUCCUCCUCCUCCUCCUCCCCCUCAGCCUACAAUCCAUGAAGUGCCAGAGGAUGUACCAGAGAGGGUGCCGGAGGUUGCGGAGGAUGCAUCCGACCAUGAUGAAUUGACACACAAGAGGCCCCAAACCGCGGUCCGAGAACUGGCAACAACUAAAGAACCCGAGAAAGAAGCCCGCGGUACGCCAACACGGCGAAGCACGAGACGAGCGUCCCAAUUAAAGCCGACUUCACAACUACAAACACAAAAUGCGACCCCGACGGCCAGUAGUACAGCCGGAGAAGCUGCCACUGCAGCGGAACCACCAGAGACUGACGAUACUCGGUCACAAUCGACACCGAGCACGCCAACGAGGCGUCAAUCAGCCGCGAAACCACCACCGAGACCGUCAGUAGAAACGCCCGAAAUAUCCACAGCCUCAGCAAGCAGCGACUCAGCCAGGGCUACAAGAUCAGCAACAAAGCCCCAGACCUCGCCCGCAACUGCUCCAAAGGAGCCCGCAACCGCCUCGCGAGCAACCACCAGGCCAAGGGCCACGAAGCCUUCAGCCACCACAGCAGAGGCCGCCGCGUCCGCGCCAGAAGGCGAACCUCGACGGCCCAGGAAACGCCAGAGGAAGGCGUCCCGACACGGCGAUGACGGUAGCGAGCCCCCCGUGCCGCGAAAACGCAAGACCAGCACGCCCAAGGCCGUCGCGUCACGGUCCAGCUCCCGCCGAGCCCGCUCUCUCACCCCCGACGACGCGGAAGACCAAGUGGUCGACCUGCAGAAGCUCAAAAUGUCCGACCUGACGCGGGACCUGCGAAUUGGCAAGAAAUUCAGCCGCCACGACGAACUCCGCGAGCGCGAGCGCGAGCGCAAAGCCCGCCUCAAGGCCAAGCUCAACAAAGACGACGACACCUCCAGCGAAGCCGGGGUCGACGGCACACAAUCCCCAGCACCGGGCUCCACGAACGGCACAACCACCAAAACCAACAGCAACAGCAGCACCUCGACGCCGUCGGCGGCGGCGGCGGCGGCGGCGGCAGCAGCAGCCACAUCGGGCCCCCAGUUCCGCAUCGUCGACGGCCAAAUCGUCGUGGACCAGGCCUCCCUCGUCAUGGACCGGCACGCCCGCGCCGCCGCCACCCGCGCAAACGAGGACCUCGAGACCGUCGAGGAAAACGACUUCACGCGCCUCAUCACGUCGUCCUCCUUCAUGAACACCUCCAAGCUCAGGGGCCCCAACCUCUGGACGGAUCCCGAAACGGAGCUCUUCUAUCGCGGCCUGCGCAUGUUCGGCACAGAGUUCGAGAUGAUUUCCAAAAUGUUCCCCGGCAAACAGCGCCGCCACGUCAAGCUCAAGUUCAACCGCGAGGAGCGGCACAACCCGGAGCGCAUCGACGCCGCGCUCGUCGGCGAAAAGACCAUCAAGAUAGACAUUGACGAGUACCGCGCCUUCACGGGCGCCGAGUUCGAGCCGGUGGAGGCCAUUGAGGCGGAGCAGCGCAAAAUCCAGGAGGCCUACGAGGCCGAGAGGCAGAGGAUAGCGGAUGAGCAGGCCGAGAUUAUGAGGAAGAAGAAGGAGGAGCUCUUUGCGGACGAGGACGGCGAGGCCAACGGGCUUCUCAAGAAAAACGGCAAGGCCAAACAAAAGGGCAAGCAGACUGUCCAAUAUGGUCUGAAUGGGCAACCAAUCACGGGAUAG